AUGGAUUUAUCUUUGCAAGCACUUGUCAACGAAUGGCUACGUCUUGAUCAAGAUGCCACCACACGGUCCGAGAUCGAGAAACUUGCCGCCGAGAACAACGUAGCUGAACUCCAAUUGCGACUCUCCAAGCGUAUCGCCUUUGGAACUGCUGGUUUGCGUGGAAGGAUGGAGGCCGGUUUCUCACGCAUGAAUUCUCUCACCGUCAUACAAGCCUCGCAAGGGUUAGCCGAGUACCUGCUCAAGACCAGCCCCAAUGUCAAAUCACAAGGUGUCGUUAUCGGAAGAGAUGCCCGCCAUAACUCCGACAAGUUCGCCAAAUUGGUCGCUGCCGUCUUUGUAGCAAAAGCCGUACCCGUCAAAUGGCUAGGCCAAGUACACACCCCGCUUGUACCUUACACUGUUGGCCAUCUGGGUGCGGCUGCUGGGGUUAUGAUUACUGCCUCACACAACCCAGCAGCCGACAAUGGCUACAAAGUAUACUGGGGAAAUGGAUGCCAGAUCAUUCCACCACACGACGCUGGAAUUGCUGCAUCCAUCGAUGCAAACUUGGAGCCAAUUACUUGGGAUGUGAACAUUCUUGAGCAAGGAAGCCCUCUUGUUACCAAUGCACUCCAGCAAGUUGAGGAAGGCUACAUGGCCACUGUUGCCAAAAUCGCAUCAUUUUCGAGUCCAGACACCUCUUUACCCUUUGUCUAUACACCCAUGCAUGGCGUUGGACUUCCAUUCUUCACGUCGGUGAUAAAGCAACUGGGGUUGGAGAGUAAGAUGCAUGUCGUCCAAGAGCAGGCGCAUCCAGAUCCUGACUUCCCGACCGUCCGCUUCCCGAACCCCGAGGAGAAGGGAGCCCUGGACCUNGCAAAACAAGUUGCAGACCAGAACAGUGUCAAGCUAAUCCUGGCGAACGACCCCGACGCCGAUAGAUUUGCAGCUGCCGAGAAGGUGGAUGGUGAGUGGAGACAGUUGACUGGCAAUCAGAUGGGUGUUCUACUUGCCUCGCACGUGUUGGACACAUACCAGCCUAAACAGAGUAGCAAGGGCCUGGCAAUGUUGUCAUCAACUGUUUCCUCAAAGAUGUUGGCAGCUAUGGCUGCUGCUAAUGGCAGGUUUCAUUGGGAAGAAACAUUGACAGGGUUCAAAUGGCUAGGAAACAGAUCUCGAGAGCUGCAACAACAAGGUUACGAUGCAAUGUUUGCUUACGAAGAAGCCAUUGGUUACAUGUUCAGCGAAGUGGUGUUUGACAAAGAUGGCGUAACCGCGGCCGCAGUCUUCCUAGCAGCCUGCGAUCGCUGGAACAAGCAAGGGCUCUCACCCUGGGCCAAGUACAACGAGCUCUGCAAAGUGUAUGGCUACUUCGAAGAUGCCAACACCUAUGUCGUUUCACCAUCUUCGGACGUCACCAACGCGGUCUUUGAACAGAUACGACAAACCAAGCCUACGAGUGUUGGAAGCCGCCGUAUCCUUCGUUGGCGCGACUUGACCAUCGGAUAUGAUUCUGCGACACCCGACAAUAAACCCACAUUGCCAGUCGAUAAGAGCUCGCAGAUGAUAAGCUGUGAGUUGGAGGGCAAUGUACACUUUACCGUCCGCGGAUCCGGAACUGGUAAGUCUGCGUGCGAUUCGAGGGAACAUAGAUCACAUGCUGACACUCACAANGAACCCAAGAUCAAGUUUUAUAUCGAAGGCAGUGCAAGCACAUCACAAGAAGCAAAAGCAUCAGCUCAUGAGGUUCUCGAGGACUUGAUGAGGGAAUGGUUCAAGCCCGAAGUGAACAAUCUGAAGAGAGAGUAA